AUGCCGAAAUUAAUAAAGCAUCUUGUAGUUGAUACAACAGCUUUCAUCAAAGCUGAAGAUCUUCAGGAAAUAGCGGAAAAUAUCUAUACAGUCCAAGAAGUUGUUGAUGAAAUCACAAACGAUCGACAACGGAGAAAACUUGUAGUUUUACCGUACGAUUUAAAAGUUAAAAAUGUGUUUAUCGAAAGCAUCAAAUUCAUCACAGAGUUCUCUAAAAAAACUGGUGAUUAUACAAGCCUUUCAGCAACUGAUAUAAAGAUAAUGGCCCUUACUUAUCAGAUGGAGAAAGAAAUCAGUGGUAUUGAGCAUUUAAAAACUGAGCCAACAAUGCAAAAAACUGUAAAAAUUACGGGUUUAUCUGGGCAUACACAGGACACUAACAAGAAGGAUGACAUUAUCAAAAAUAAUAAUGAAGCUUUACAGGAUACAACUAAAGUAGUAGAAGAGCACAAUGAUGAAUCUCCUAAAAUAAAAUGCAACGAGGAUGAUGAAGACAGUAAAUUUGCUCAUGAAAUAGUUGAACAAAUAAAAAACAUGGAGUUGACUGAUGAAAAAGAGGCCGAAAACAUUAUAGUGAAGGUUGAAGAAAGUGAGUCAGAUGAAGCAGAGUUUACAAGUGAAGAUGAUGAUGAUGGCAGUGAAUGGAUUACACCUAGUAAUUUAAAAGAAAAGAAAAAAGAGAUGGACCUUGGUGAAUUUGAAGAAAAGAAUGUUGAUGUAGCCUGUAUAACAUCAGACUUUGCUAUGCAAAAUGUGCUUAAACAAAUUGGAUUAAAUGUCACAGCAGUAGAUGGUAGAAUCAUUAGACAUCUACGUACUUAUAUAUUCCGCUGUACAACUUGCUUUAAAACUACUAGUGUCAUGACCAAAUUAUUUUGUCCAAAAUGUGGACAUGCUACAUUAAAGAAAGUAGCUGUUAGUGUUGAUGAAAAAGGAAACCAACACAUACACAUUAAUGGACGAAAGCCCUUAUCAGGUAGAGGCAAACGGUUCAGUUUGCCAACUCCCAAAGGUGGUCAGCACUUUCAAUAUCCUAUAUUAACUGAGGACCAGCACAUACAUAAGAGAUUUGCUACAAAACUAGCUAGAAAUAAAACAAAUGCAUUAGAUCCUGAUUAUCUUGCAGGGUUUUCCCCAUUUGCUAUGAAGGAUGUUAAUUCAAAAUCUGCUGUGUUAGGAGUAAGAGCGGAUAAGCAAGACUUAAAGUAUUGGAUGAAAAAUUACUCUAAGGAUAAGAAGAAAUAA